UUUAAGAGUUUGAUGUUGCAUUCGAUUUUAAUCGUUCUACUUUUCACGGUGGGUUUUCCAUUGCAGACUGGAAAUAGCAAAGGCUAUGCCUUUGUGGAGUUUGAGUCUGAUGAUGUUGCCAGGAUAGUUGCUGAAACAAUGAACAACUACCUUUUUGGUGAAAGACUCUUGCAGUGUUGUCUUAUACCACCUGAAAAAGUACAUAAAGAACUUUUUAAAGGUUGGAAUACUCCAUUUAAACAGCCGUCACAUCCAGCAGUGAAACGGUAUAAUCAGAAGCGGACACUUACACAAAGGCUAGAGAUGGAGAAGCGCUUUAAAAAGAAGGAAAAAUUACUCAGGAAAAAAUUGGCUAAGAAAGGAAUUGAUUAUAAUUUUCCUUCAUUGGGCCCCACACCAGUUUGUACACCAACAUUUUUGGAGAAGCGAAAAUCUGAAGUGGCUGAAAUGAAUGAUGAUGAUAAAGAUAAUGAAAUAGUUUUCAAACAGCCCGAAUCCAGUGUAAAAGAAGAAAUACAAAAGACUCAAACACCAACAUGUUCACAGAAAAAAAGGCGAAGAAAAAGCAAUCAGUGAUUCCGAAUGUAUUAUGUAUGAUAUUUCUUCUCAAAAAUGUGAUUUUGUUUUG